UACUGAGUAGUGCGUAGUUCGUAGGAUACAUACGAUAGCAUCUCACCUUUAGAAAACUCGGGGUACCAUUUCCUCGAUUUUUUGGGGAGUUACUCAAGAUACUAUUGAUAUACCUGAACGAGGUAUCCACCAGCAAAAAAAGUUAUUAGCAGAAUCAAAAUGUCGAGGUCUUCUACUUUUGCGAAGAUACCGGCUCGAAUAUCUUUAUACCUUCUAGCGACAACAUGCAUCGCGGUUAGUUUUAUUUUACGAAUAGGGAUGAAUAUAUCAAUAUUAGCGAUGGUUAAAGAAGCAGGAACCAAUGAAUACCCCCCUAAAAACGUCAGUCAAACGUUGUGUUAUGUGAGGAACGAUACAGUUGCUAUACAGAAAAGCUAUGGUGGUACUUUCCAAUGGUCCAUAGAUGUGCAAUAUUACAUACUUACCUCCUAUUACUGGACGUACAUCAGUGGACAAGUGGUUGGAGGAAUAAUGGCACAUAAGUUUGGUGCAAAGGUUGUGAUUGGUAUAGGAAUGUUCAUCUCGGCAAUAUGUAAUAUGUGCAUUCCGUUUGGAAGCGACAUGAGCUAUGUGGUUGUGAUCAUUUUGCAACUUUUGAACGGAUUGGGAGCGGGGGUAGUUUGGCCAGCACUAUACUCUUUAGUAAGUUGGUGGAUACCUAAGCACGAACAAGGUCGGUUUUUGACUUGCUUGCAAGGUUUGUCAAUUGGUAUGGCCAUUUCACUAAUAAUAUCGGGAUUUAUAAUUGCAUCGCUUGGGUGGAAAUACGUAUUCUAUGUUUCUGGAACGUUAGGUAUUCUGUGGUGUCUUGCAUGGUACUUCUUAGCAUUCGACAAACCAGAACUCCAUCCCCGCAUAGAAUACAAAGAGUUACAUUACAUUUCGAGACACAGAGAAGACAUUUUGGAUCCAAAUAAACGGAUCAUACCUUGGAAGUGCAUUGUCCUAUCUCUCCCGGUUUGGGCCAUUGGAAUAUCCCAGUGUGGUAGAAUGUGGUUUACCACGAAUGCACAAAUCUACGGACCAAUGUAUCUCAAAUCAAUAAUUGGGUUGAGUGCAGAAAUGAACGGGCUUUGGGGCGGAGUUAUCUGCCUUGGGAACUUCCUCUCUGCCUUAAUGUUUUCGUACCUUGCAGAUAAAUUACUGAUGUACAAUUUUAUUUCGACAAGAAAUAUUCGCAAAUUAUUUACAGGAAUAGGAAUGAUCCUGCCUGGUCUGGGCUGCGUACUCAUAAAUCACUUGGGAUGCGAUACACAUUUGAACUUGACCGUUUGGGCGCUUUCACAAAUUUUUUCUAUGGCCUGUUUUCCUGGCGCCAUGGUCAAUAUAGUAGAUAUCGCCCCAAACUUAACGGGUUCAGUGACCAGCUUUAUUCAAGUGUUGCUGUUACUUCCGAACAUUUUCGCUACUUACGUCGCAAAAUCGUUAUUUAAGAGCUUGGACCCAGAGGGAGCUUGGCAGGUAAUAUUUUAUUCUUCGGGCGUGGUGCUAUUGACUUCAUGUUUGGUCUAUCUCGCAUUCGCUUCCGCUGAUGCACAAGCAUGGGACUACAAAAUGGUGCCUACAGAUGAUAAUGGGCAACAACUUGACCAAGUACAGUUGGUAGAAGAGAAAGAAGUACACCGUUAAGUCGUGUUUUGUAGACGUCUGUGUUGUGCUAUUGUUGUGUAAAGUUAGUAGAUAUGUACCCAUACCGUGGGUUAACACAUUCAAUCAUUGCCAAACCGUGACUUUUCUUCAAUUACUGAAUCGUGCGUAACAUUUUUUAAAAGUACCUGUCCAGUCCACCAUAUAGCUUCCCCAUUUCCUUCAAGUCGCUCCAAUCGCUGGACCUCUUUAGAGUUACUUCCCAAAUUCGGCUCCCCUAACUUGUUCCAUCAAAUGGAACAUAUCCAUACCUUAGCUCUGUAAAGAUUUCAUAAAUAAGUGGAAAUGCCUCACAUAGGGCUAAUGAGGUAUGUUUUGAGAAUAGUCUUCUUUCUAAAUCGUACGUACGUUAACCUUUAAGUCCCUCUAGUCAAAAUAUUAACCACAUAAUUACUUUACAUUUUCGACUGCUACUGUCCCAUCCAUUGGAAGGGAAAUGCAUUUUUAUAUCUCCUCUUGUUUGUGCUCCUU